UCUGAACACUUCAUCCAUGGCAAAGUUGUAACGAUUAUAUUUACGAGGUCUUUCUCAAAGCUUGUCGGAGGUGGCCGAGUUUUUAUGAUUGGGUCGAGUUGUUAUGCCUGGCAUAAUUGUUGUCUGUGUCAGUCAAGUUUCAUUUUAUUGGAAAGAUACAGACAGAAUAUUGAGGUAGGUUGAAGAUGGGCAAGUCAUCAAAGGACAAGCGUGAUGUUUACUACCGCCUGGCAAAGGAGGAAGGCUGGAGAGCUAGAAGCGCAUUCAAACUUCUGCAGAUCAAUGAAGACUUCAACAUUUUCAAUGGUGUGAGGAAGGUGGUGGAUCUAUGUGCAGCCCCGGGAAGCUGGAGUCAGGUACUCGCCAGGAAACUCAGGCCAGUGGGUACCAAAGAUGAAGAUGUGAAGAUAGUGGCUGUUGACCUCCAGGCUAUGGCCCCCAUACCAGGGGUUAUACAAAUACAGGGGGACAUCACAAAGACAUCCACCGCCCAUGAGAUCAUUGGUCACUUUGCUGGAGAGCACGCGGACCUGGUGGUCUGUGACGGGGCGCCUGAUGUGACAGGCCUCCAUGAUAUUGAUGAAUACAUACAGGCUCAACUUUUGCUUGCCGCCUUGAACAUCACCACACAUGUUCUUAAAAAAGGAGGAAAUUUUGUUGCAAAGAUAUUCCGAGGAAAAGAUGUAUCCCUACUCUACUCCCAGCUGAAGAUCUUCUUCCCCCUUGUGUCCGUCUUCAAACCUAGGAGCAGUAGGAACUCCAGUAUCGAGGCGUUUGUCGUGUGCCAGAACUACUCACCCCCUGAAGGCUACAUUCCUAACAUGGCUAACCCCUUGCUAGACCAUCACUACGACCUGGACUACAACAACUUGGUUGGCCCUAACCGCGUGAUUGUCCCGUUCCUGGCGUGUGGAGAUCUCAGUGGGUUUGAUUCAGAUAAGACCUACCCACUCCAGUUGCCUGGCAAACAGUAUGAAUACCACGCCCCAACACAGUCCCCUAUCAACCCUCCAUACAAGGCAGCCUGUGAACUACGCAAGACAGACAGACUGGCUAAACCUGGUCAACCAGAACAGGCUACAGCUGGGACAGCAGACAACCACAGUGCAGCAGACAGUUCUAAAGUAGGGACAAUGAAAGAAGAAGAGUGUGUAGUCCACACAUGUACAGGGGGCAGUGAACCCAGGGAAACAGGGGGAGUAACUGAGGCUACUGAGAAACUGAAUAGUUUGGAUCUUAAAACCUGAGUGUUAUAUGGGCUCGAGUUGAGUCAUGUGCAGUAGACAAUAUCACAGUAGGAGUUAAAAAGGCAGGGUAUUGUGUUGUCAAUAUAUGUGACAGAUCAGUGAGUCGGUGACUUUAUGUGACCUUGGGGAUGGGGAGUUUGGGGGCUGGUGUGGGGGCAACAGGGUUUGAGUCAGUGGCUACGUGACCUUUGAGGGGCAACAUUGGGAAUAACUGAGAAACUUAACUGUUUACAUCUUCAUAUAUCAGUUGUUUUUAUGUACUCACUGACUAUAAGACUUAUGUAUUUGCAUUAUGACAUACAAUUAAAAUAAUAUACAUUACAUAAAGAUAUAAAUGGA